GUAAAAACUUUUUAGAUGUUUAUUCAGUUGUGCUGCAAGUCUAUGGCUAGCUUGCAUUGACUCAAGUCAAUUUGAUGUUUUUGACAAAAUUGUGCGUAAUGCUGAAGAGUUUUGCUAAUAAAAUGCAAAAGAAUGCGGCUGUUCUAACAACUAUCUGUAUGCUGUUGUGUUUUGCCUUGAACUACACGUUUCCACUUCACAGGGAAAGUUUGAAGUUGUCCUCAAGUAGUUCGGAAUAUGCAAACAAUACGCACCAUUGGGAUGACUUUUUACAUUCCGCAAGCAUCAUUGACCGUACAAAGAAAAUGGCGUAUGACUUAGAAGACGUUCUAAAAAGAAUUAAAAAUACCGCGCAAGAUUUUGGGAAGUCCCACGCCAAAGAUCCAAAGAGAGACGACACGAACAGACUCAGUGAAGAAGAUCUACGUCAAUACGAGCAGCUCGUGAUAAUGAAAAAGUAUCCUUAUCUAGACCUCAAAGAAUUGGAAUUCAAAUACAGUCCUCUAUCCAGCAAGAAUACAAGACAAAGCUUCGGAUUUGAAUCUGAUGUAAACUUAAGAGCAGAUUCUAAUUUGUGCGAUACUGAAGAAGGGCUGAAUGUUGAAAUAAUAAACAGAGGACUCUCAGGAUUUUCUAUUCCCCCAAAGUUGACCAAGGGAGUAGCCAUGGUCGAAAGUAAAUCGAAGCUUAAUAACCUGAAAAAUGAUAAGGCUGAAGAUUCUGUCAUGUUGUCGAAAAAGUCGCCACAGAGGGAAACUUUAGUUAUCUAA